AUGGAAGAACCUUCUCUGGAGAAUCUGUUGCCAAAUUCAAGAUUAGCCCCCGACUUGAUCCGUCUGCUGAUCUACAAUUUCAGCGUCCCGGCUGCCUGUUUCUCCCAGCCGCCGACCGCAAUGCAGCUGCUACGACAGCAGAAUUUUGUGGAUCUUGCCAUCAUUGGCAUGGCAACCUUUCUCACUCUGCUGUCCGUGAUCAUCUUUGUGGAAGACGCUGUGUACCUCUCCAAGAAGAUCCGCUGUUUUGUCAAGAUGAAAACCCUCAUCUGGAGCAGUUCAGCACCCACAGUUGUCUCGGUCUUCUGCCUUCUUGGGCUCUGGGUGCCCCGGGCCAUGACGCUGGUGGAGAUGGCCGUUGGCUCGUACUUCGCUGUCUGCUUUUACCUGAUGAUGCUGGUCAUGGUAGAAGGCUUUGGGGGGAAGGAAGCCGUGAUCAAGGCCUUGAAGGACACCCCCAUGCUGAUCAGGACGGGGCCUUGCUGCUGUUGCUGUCUCUGUUGCCCACCCAUUAUGAUGACCAAGCGGAAACUUCGGCUAAUGCUGCUGGGCACUUUCCAGUACGCCUUCCUGAAGGUCUCCUGCACGUUUCUAGGACUCGUUUUAAGCACCGAAGGCUUGUUCGACACGGCAGACAUUUCAGCCACAAGCGUGGGCCUUUGGAUCAACACCUUCCUUGGCGUAUCCACCCUCUUUGCCCUCUGGGCGUUGGCCAUCCUCUUCCGGCAAGCGAAAUCUCACCUAGCAGAGCAGAACAUGACAGCCAAAUUUGUUUGUUUCCAGGUCCUUCUCAUCCUUGUGGCGUUGCAGCCUUCCAUCUUUACCAUCCUGGCCAACGAGGGCCAAAUCGCCUGCUCCCCACCGUUCUCCUCCAGGGCCCGGGGCCAGCAGAUGCACGCCCAGCUGUUGAUCCUGGAAACGUUUGUCCUGGCGGUGCUGGCCAGGAUGUAUUACCGGAAGCCGGACGACAAGGCGGGAUGCUGCCUCCGCGGAUCUCCAGAGCGCAAAGCAGAGACCAAGCAAUGAGGGAUGGCGCGGGAGCGAGCCCCUGGCACACGGAGGCCUGCCGGAGGCAGACGGACCCCACCGUACACUUUCCCACAAAGCGCUUCGCCCCGUGCUGGUG